UGUUACACUCACUGUGGGAUUGUUUGGAGAGAGAAACGCGUUUGUAUUGUCCUCUCUGUGUCUGUCUGCCAUUCCUCCUCUCCUGCCCUCACAUCUCCAGCCUGGGCUGCUGGACCCCGGGGGCACAUUUCUGGCAGAUAACUGAGUGGCUGUUCCAGUGAUUCCCAGUGUGGCUGAGUGAGACAAUAUCCAGGUUGGUUUGGCUCAGAGAGACACUCAUUCCCUGUAUAUUCAGAGAAUUGCUGAAACGCAGAGACACGGCGCAACUCUCGUCAUCAUUAACUUUAUCGUUAAGACACCAGGAACCCCGGAUGCACCUUGUAGCGGUCACAGCCGAGUAAUCAGAUGUUCUGCAAGGAAGAGGAACCGAAUGAGUGGACUCGGUGUGAGCAACAAAAUGGACUCCUGUCUGAUUAUGACCAGAAUUACAGAGAUGGGGAAGAAGCGCCACAGAUCCAUCACUUACACAAAGUAGAAGUCGAUUUCCCCUGUACAGAGAAUGAGGAAAUAGUCUCCCCUAACAAUAUCCUGAAUCCCCAGGAGAGAACCCCUACAGGGGAGAAGCCGUUCUCUUGCACGUUAUGUGGGAAAACCUUCACUCGGAAGCCCAACUUUGAGGCGCAUCAGAGAACCCACACGGGGGAAAAGCCUUUCUCGUGUACAGAAUGCGGCAAAGCGUUUGCUUGGAAGUGCAACCUUCAGAUUCACUACGCGGUGCACUCCGGGGAGAAACCGUUCGCUUGCACCGAAUGCGACAAAGCCUUCUCCAAGAAGUGCCAGCUGCAGUCGCAUUACAAGGUACACACCGGGGAGAAACCAUUCGCGUGCGCACAGUGUGGGAAAUCCUUCUCUCACAAGUGUGUGCUGGAGGCGCACGAGAGAACCCACACGGGGGACAAGCCCUUCUCUUGUACGGAAUGCGGGAAACGGUUCUCUCAAAUAGGCAACCUUCACAAGCACAAGAAAACCCACGCGCAGCAUACGCCCCACCCCUGCGCCGAAUGCGGCAAGACCUUCUCCUUUAAGAGCAGCCUUUUAGAACACCAAAAGAUUCAUUUAGAGCUGAAACCUCUCCCUUGUGCGGAAUGCGGGAGAACCUUCGCCAAUAAGCAGGCCCUUCUGACGCACCAGGGAACCCACACGGAGGAGAAACCGUUCCCUUGUACCGAAUGCGGGAAAAGCUUCUCGAUGGAAUACAUCCUGCUCAUCCAUCAGAAAACCCACACGGGGGCGAACCCCUUGGCUUGUACCGAGUGCGGGAAAACGUUCAGCACGAAGGACAAACUUCAGUCGCACUGCAGAGAACACACCGGGGAGAAACCCUUUGCCUGUUCGGAAUGUGGGAAAACCUUCUUUUACAAAAGCGUCCUCAAGGAACACCUGGUAACCCACACGGGGGUGAAGCCGUACCAUUGCACGGAAUGCGGGAAGCAGUACACGCAUCAGACCAGUUUAAAGGCGCACCAGCGAACACACACGGGGGAGAAACCGUACACUUGCACGCAGUGCGGGAAAAGCUUCUCUCAUAAGAGCAAACUCAAUGCGCAUUAUAAACGGCACUCGGGGGAGAAACCAUUCACCUGCACAGAAUGCGGAAAGGCCUUUACUAAGAACGAGCAGCUGCAGUCGCAUUACAAAGUGCACACCGGGGAGAAACCGUACUCGUGCGCGCAGUGUGGGAGAGCCUUCUCUCACAAAUGUGUGCUGAAGACGCAUCAGAGAACCCACACGGGGGACAAGCCCUUCUCUUGCACCGAGUGUGGGAAAACAUUCACUCGCAAGCCCAACUUCGAGGCGCAUCUGAGAACCCACUCGGGGGAGAAACCGUUUGUGUGUACGGAAUGUGGCAAAGCCUUCGCAUGGAAGAGAAACCUUCAGGCUCAUUACACGGUGCACACGGGGGAGAAGCGCUUCACGUGCAAAGAAUGUGGCCAAACGUUUGCCUGGAAGAGCAACCUCCGCGCUCACUACGCCGUGCACACCCGCGAGAAACCCCCCCCACAGGCCUACAGUGAAGUCCUAUAAGUACCCACACGGUGCAACAAGCUGAAAUCAUGACAUGAAGAAACAGGGGAAUUUCCUCGUACACUGGAGAGUUUGUUUCACGGGACCACGAAGUGUGUAAAACAUGGAACUGCUUUCCCACAACAGAGCACAAACACACACAUGUAAUCUGUUUUAUGUGAUUAUUAUGAAUGUGUAACAACCACUCUGUCCUAGAAAGUGUAUGUUUGUGUGUAACGUGCAGGGAUCUGGUAUAGGAGGGUCAUA